AUGGUUACAGGGACAGCGGUGCUUGGAUGUUGCGUGAGAAGAUCCCGUGUGGCCGAUGCUGCCGUGUGGGGGAUUCCUGUGGCGCGGGGCGGCGCUUUGCGGCACAGCGGCGGUUACGAGUGCGGCCCGCAGCAGCACUCGCCGUGUGGCUCCUGGUGCCACGGGGGCCCGCCUGGAGCAGCUCUGCAGCGUCCUGCUAUUGCAGCACAGCGCUGCUGUCUGGGGCUGUGCAGCAGUGCCCGUGCCCCUGAGCACAGCGCUGCUGUCCGGGGCUGUGCAGCAGAGGUAGUGCUCGUGCUUGCAUUAUUUUUCUGUCUUUACACAGUGAAUCUCUUCCUAACUGGGAAAGUAGAAAGUGCUGUUACCUCAUUAGCUGCUUGCAGUGGAGAACUGGAACAGCACACAGAGAGACGGGGAGUCAUCUACAGCCCUUCCUGGCCACUGAACUAUCCCCCAGCUGUAAACUGCAGCUGGUACAUUCAAGGAGAUCGUGGAGACAUGAUAACCAUUAGUUUUAAGAACUUUGACUUGGAAGACUCUCAGAAAUGUGCAGUAGACUGGUUGAUGAUUGGCCCUUCUGCCAAGCGGGAGGAGUACAAAGUGUGUGGAUCUUCCAUACCUCCAUCUUUCAUUUCUUCAAGGGAUCACGUUUGGAUAUUUUUUCACUCCGAUGCAUCAAGCUCAGGACAGGCUCAGGGAUUUCGCCUUUCUUAUAUUAGAGGAAAAAUAGGUCAGGCUGUUUGUCAGUCAGACGAAUUCCGCUGUGCAAAUGGAAAGUGUAUUCCCGGUACUUGGAAGUGUAAUUCCAUGGAUGAGUGUGGGGAUAACUCGGAUGAGAGAAACUGCACUGUCCCUCCAACGGAGCCUCAAUCCAGCAUUUGUCCCUCAGGAACAUUCCAGUGUAGCGUAGUCCAUUCCACCAAGUGCUUGACAAACGAGCUGAGAUGUAAUUCAGUAAAAGACUGCAGCGAUGGGUCAGAUGAAGAUAAUUGUCCUGAUCUUUCUUGUGGUAAAAGGCUGGGUAAUUUUUAUGGGUCUUUUGCUUCCCCAGACUUAUUCCGUGCGGAUCACAGCAGAUCGGACCUUCGCUGCACGUGGUACGUGGACACGCAGGAUAAUCGACACGUGCUGUUGCAGCUUGAUUUACAGUUAGGCUACAAUGACUAUGUAAAGGUGUAUGAUGGCAUUGGAGAAAGAGGUGAUAAAUUAAUGCAAACAUUUUCGUAUCACAACAACAGGCAUUCGGUUAGUGUGGAGUCUUCAAAGGGCCAACUCACUGUCUCAUAUCAUGCCCGUUCCAAGAGCACUGGCCACGGGUUCAAUGCAACGUAUCAGGUGAAAGGCUAUUGCCUUCCUUGGGAACACCCUUGUGGCAGUGACGAGGAGUGUUUCACAGACAAGCAGCACUGCGAUGGCUGGUGGCACUGUCCAAAUGGCAAGGACGAGGAGAACUGUCCCGCUUGCCAGAAGAAUGAGUACCCGUGUGAAGGAAACAGUGGCCUUUGCUACUCGAUACUUGACCGGUGUAAUAACCAGAAGAACUGCCCGGAUGGCUCGGAUGAAAAAAACUGCUUUACUUGUCAGCCAGGAAACUUCCAUUGCGGUACAAAUCUGUGCAUCUUUGAGACGUGGCGUUGUGAUGGCCAAGAAGACUGCCAGGAUGGAAGUGAUGAACACAACUGCCUAGUGAUUGUGCCCAGGAAGGUCAUCACGGCUGCUCUGAUCGGGAGUCUCGUGUGUGGCUUGCUGCUGGUGAUAGCACUGGGCUGUGCGUUUAAGUUAUAUUCUCUAAGAACCAGAGAAUACAGAGCGUUUGAGACGCAGAUGACGCGGCUGGAGGCAGAGUUUGUGCGGCGGGAAGCUCCUCCGUCCUACGGGCAGCUGAUUGCGCAGGGACUUAUCCCACCGGUGGAGGACUUCCCCGUGUACAACGCCUCGCAGGCUUCUGUGCUGCAGAAUAUUCGUACAGCCGUGAGGAGGCAGAUGCGGCGUCACUCGUCGAGGCGGAGCUCCUCCCGCCGGCGCCUGGGCAGGCUCUGGAGCAGACUCUUCCACAGGCCGCGGGCGCGAGGACAGAUCCCGCUCCUGACUCCUGCCCGCACCUCCCAGACGACGCUGGGUGACGGGAUCAUCAACCCCGCUGAGGGCAUCAUCCGCCGGGCUGACGGGGCUGUUCGGAGCCCUCCGCCUUCCCCCGAAAGACCUAAUUCAGAGCCAGGUGCCCCUGGUCAGGCCAGGGGCCUACGAGAAGCUGAAUGUAGCAGCUUGCAGACAGAGACUGAAACUGCAGAACCAUCUCCCUCUGAUGUCUUAUCUAGUACUUGCACAGCUGCUUCUGCAGAGCCUGAGACUGGACACACUGAUAAAUCUUUAGGUGCUGAGAGCUCUAGCAGUGAGCUUAAACAGUCCAGCAAAGUGGAUUCAGGAAAGGCUUUCAGAGAUCCUUUGUCUGAAAGCGUUGCAGAAACGACCCGUGGAGGGUCAGCAUCCAGAAGGACUGUCCCAGAGGGCCGUAGUUCAAGUAGAAGUCAUCUGUUGAGUGAAGAGCCAUGUAGGUUACCCUUAAAAGCGUGGGGGUCUGCGUAUUCAGACAGCCCUGUGAAUGUUCAUAUCCAGGUGGAUGGACAAAACCGAUGUUGCCCUAACUCUUAUCAGGAGGAGCCUUUGGGUAUUCGUGCGGCUUGUUGCCAUUCUGUGGAAGUGCCAAUGUUAGAGUCCCCUACUCCCCUCUCAGAAAUCAAUACCAGUGAUGAUGAAUCUUUACUUGUUUGCUAAUAAAAUUUUGUUCCAGCCCUGUAGAUUUUGUAACUUCAUUGUUUAUAUGGCAGUGCACUUUGAUUAUUGGUGGUAAGUCUGUGCUCUCGACUUUGCUGAAACCAGUGUGCUUUAAUUCCCCAGGGAGUGCAAGAACAAACAGGACAAACUUUUGUCUUUGUUGCUGUUCCUGAAACUCCAGUGGGGCAGAAAUGGGCCAGUUUGUGAUAUCAGGGGCUAGGAGAGCAAGAAUGUGUUAUUGCAAUUUGGAGGUAUCUCCAUCCUCUGUUACUACUUCUGUGCAUUUAUUCACCUUGCGUUCAGGGAAUUUGUGUUUCUUUGCUUUUCGGAGUGGUCUUACUGAAACUAGAACUCUGCUGGAAUCUGGGGUAAGCACCAAUCUUUGACUGUGAGUACUAAGCUAGAAAUAAAAGGUCUUUCCAGACAUCAUAAUUCAAUUCAGUAUUUUUAGUUAAAAAUAUAGAAGAGAAUAAAAUCCAUGUAGCUUCCUUUCUUUUACAGAAAUCACUCCCUUCCUUUCAUCCCCCCAGAAAUAUUACAAUGGCCAUAUGUACCUUGAGACAUCCACUAUUACCAAAGUUGCUUUAUAGCAUAUGCAGAAUGAAAUCAGGUUUCUUACCUGCUCGAACUUCGUGAUAAGAGAUUGUCUGUGUUCAGUAUAAGUGGAGUGCAUUGAGCCCCAUUUGCAGCAAUAUUUCUUUUCUGUGUUGUCAUUUGUUACAUUAUUUUCAUAGUGAUGCUGUGAAGGAUGAGGUAUUACUUUCUCCCUACGCUCUUUUUCCCCCUCUUCUCUUGUUUUUUCAGGGACUUUUAUGAUUCUACCACUUGAUGUUUGUCCUGAGG